AUGUCUCAGUUCACAAUUCGUCUGUACAAGGAUUCUGAUUAUCACGUGGUCAGGAGCCUUUUUGCUGUCAACAUUAUGGAGCAUGUUAACAGGGCCUUCAGGCAUGCCUUACAGCUGCCACACAUUUACCUCCCCCUUUUGUGUUUGCUCCUUCUUCCUGUGCUAAGUACCACGCUUAUUACUGCCUCCAUCUGUGCCUUGGCCUUGAUCAUUGUCUGCCUAUGGCUUGGAGCCCAGUAUACGUUCCGGUCCUCCGUCCAAAAUGCCUUUUCUGAUGACCUGUUGGACAUCCAGAAAUACUACCUGGAGAGAGAGAAUCACUGCUUUUGGGUGCUAGAGAUGAGCGGGAAGGUUGUGGGGACAGUGGCUGCUAUUCCCUCUUCUUCUCCUGGUGGUAAAAACCAUUUGGAAAUCAAGCGACUCUCCGUGUCCAAGAGCCACCGCAGAAAAGGCAUAGCCAAGGCACUGGUCAGGGCAACGGUUGACUUUGCUCGGAUGAGGGGCUGCACGGCAGUUAUAGCAUUAACAACUUCGGCCCAGGUUGAUGCAUUGCGGUUGUAUGAAAAGCUGGGAUUUAGGCUAAUGAAUGCAUUCCAUCGCCCAAUGCCCUUUAGAAAACUACUUGACCUCAAAAGCAUGUUCUACCAGUAUGACAUUCCACAAAACCAGUGA